AUGACCGUUCUGAAUGGUGCCAGCAACAUCGUCACCUUAUUCAAAGGUUCUCGUUGGCUGAGCAGUGAGCGCUGGCUUGUCCAGGUCUUGGUCACUGCUUUCGGUGUCAACACGAGUGACGUGCCGUUCUAUCAUGCUGAUGACACAGGAAUCAGUAACCAACCUGUGGCCCAGAGUAAUCCGAUCCCACACGAACAUCGUAUUUUCCAUCAUGUUUAUCAAAGUGUACAUGAAGGCCUGAGCGGAGAAAGGCUUGAAGAGAUGCAGCGCCAGCUCAUCUCGAAUCUCUGGACCCAGCUCGCGCGCGUAGAGAUCGGCUACGACUCUUGGACCGACAUCCCGGAUCUGUACGGGUCCUUUCUUCGAAAAGUCUGCUUCACAGCAGCAACCACAUCGCUGUGCGGGCCGCGUAUCUUUGAGGCUGCCCCGAAUAUCGAGCCAGACUUCUGGGACUUUGACGGUCACUUGCCCAACCUAUUUCGAGAGAUGCCCCGAUGGCUAUUUCCGGCUUCGUAUACGGCUAGGGAUAAGAUGAAGGAGAACAUGAAGAGAUGGCAUGAACUUGCUCACAAAAGCUACGACAUCAGCCAAAGCCCGACAGACACGCGGAACUGGGAAGAGAACUUCGGAUCUAAGCUGAUGAGGAGUCGGCACGCAUUCUUCAACAAGAUGCCGUUGAGCAAGGACACAGUCGCAGCCGACGAUUUGGGUUUGCUUUGGGCAGCCACUGCAAAUGCAAUUCCUGCGAUUGGAUGGAUGGUGUUGGAAGUUGUGCAGCGCCCGGCACUCCUCGAGCAGGUUCGAGCCGAAAUCUCUCCUCACAUGCGUUUUUCAUCCAACGAAAGCCCACCUGAAAUCGAUAUUGAUGGACUUUGCCAAGAGACCCUGAUUCAGUCGAUAUAUGCGGAGGUUCUGCGUGUUCACAACGGGACAGUGGUCGCCCGCGUGCCUCAGACACCCGACUUCUCCAUCGCAGGCUGGAAGUUUACGAAAGACGAGCCAAUCAUGGUUUCGACAUAUGAUACGGCUCGUGUGCCUUCCAUUUGGAACCAAGGCACAACAGACGAGCCUCAUCCCGUAGACGACUUUUGGCCAGAACGGUUCAUCGUCAACCCACAGGACCCGGCGAGUGGGCCUGUACUUCCAGACCUUCGCCUUGCGAGCCGAUCAGAGACGCACGAGAAGCCAUCGCAUCCACACUUCUCACUCGACGGUACACUCGGAUCCUGGGUGCCAUACGGGGGCGGAUCUCGUAUGUGCCCAGGUCGCCAUUUCGCCAAGAAAGAAUUGAUUGUCACAAUGGCGAUGUUUCUUACCGUCUUUGAUAUCGUGCUCGAGCCUAGGGAUGGUUGGGUUAGGGACGACCCUAGAUACUUCAUGUUUGGUGUAAUGCACCCAGAGGGGCCCAUACGUGCGAAAGUACGAAGAAGGAAACCUACUGUCUGA